CUCCCUCUCAGCACAAUGGCAAGCACGUGAUUCUACUGUGGAGGCCGGUGCGUGCGUUGAAUCGUGCGCCCCCGAGAGGACAGGAAGAUAGGACAGCGAGCCAGCGAGCCAGCGAGAUCAAGUCCAACUCUAGGCUCUAGCGCUUCCCUACUUUUUUCUUCAACCCCGCGGCGCCGGCUGUGGUCAGUCUUGCCGCCAUUGCGUGACUCGCAGCUUGCUCGUGGUCUGGGUUGCUGGGCUUCCUGCGUAUUCCUGGCUGAUGUUAAGACUUAAGAGCAACAACCUUUUCCUCAACUCGAAGUAAAAAACCGGGGGUUGAGCAUCACCGAGAGUGGAAGAAAUCAUGUUUAGGAAAAAGCAUGCCUCUCAUUUCAAUUCAAAUGAUGCUGAGCAGCGAGAAGCAAAGAUCAAUGAACUGAAAGCUGUACUUGGGCCUUUGUCUGCCUGCGGUGAGAAGUACCGCAGUGAAGCAUGCUUGACAAGGUAUCUAGAAGCCCGUAACUGGAAUGUUGCUAAGUCGAGAAAGAUGUUGGAAGAAAGUCUCAAGUGGAGGGCAGCUUACAGGCCAGAGGAUAUUCGCUGGCUUGAUGUUUCUGUUGAAGCGGAAACGGGUAAAAUGUACCGGGCAAGUUUUCGAGAUAGAGAGGGGAGAACUGUUGUCGUUAUGAAACCUGCAAAGCAGAAUACAUCAUCCCAUGAAGGGCAGAUACGGUUUCUUGUAUAUGUUUUGGAGAAUGUGAUCCUCAGCCUGCCUGAAGGUCAAGAGAAAAUGGUAUGGUUGAUAGACUUCACAGGAUGGACGAUGGCAAAUGCCACGCCCAUGAAGACUGCCAGAGAAAGUGCAAAUAUUCUGCAAAAUCAUUACCCUGAGAGGCUGGCCUUUGCAUUUCUAUUUAAUCCCCCAAAAGUAUUUGAGGCUUUUUAUAAGGUCGUCAAAAUUUUCCUUGACCCGAAAUCAAUCGAGAAGUUAAACUUUGUAUACCUGAAGGAUGAGGAGAGCAUGAAGCUGAUGCACAAGUACAUUGAUCCAGAGGUCCUUCCUGUAGAAUUUGGGGGGAAGAACAGUGUGGUGUAUAACCAUGAGGAGUACUCCAAGAUGAUGAUGAAUGAUGACAUCAAAACAACAAGUUUGUGGGCUGCUGAUGCAAAAACUGACCAUGCUAACCAUGUCAUCAAUGGGAGCUUGGUUCCUGAGGUUACACCGCAGUCGUCACUGAUUGCUGCUAAAGCCAGUUGAGGAGUAUCAACCUACUAUGAUGAGAGUUAUUCGUAUAGCUUUAAUGGAGGAAAUAGCUGAGGACUAAUGGAAUGUUCACACUAAACAGAAAUAAUUGAAAUAACAAAUAAGAUAUUACACGUCUAUACUGAAAACUGUUCCUGUUAUGAAACGAGUCUAUCCAGUAUACACUGAGCUACAAGAGUACAUUAUAUCAUCAUGGGUGAUUAGAUGCCAAAGGCCAUAAAGAAAUGGUGUACAAUGUAUGUGUUAAUGAAUAAUGUCUUUUCACAUGGAUAAGGAGAUAACACAAGCUUAAUAAUUUCCCUCGUACCGA